AUGCUCCCGGCUCAGGAGGCUGCCAAAAUCUACCACACCAACUAUGUGCGUAACGCCCGGGCUGUGGGUGUGCUGUGGCAGGUUUUCACCAUCACAUUUGCUGUCAUUACUGUGGUGGUCUUCAUCCAGCCCUACUGGAUCGGGGACAGUGUACAUACCCCGCAGGCUGGAUACUUCGGCCUCUUUCAUUACUGCAUCGGGAACGCACUCACUUCAGAGCUCACCUGCAAAGGUAGUGCCCUGGACUUCGGCUCCAUCCCAUCAGGGGCUUUCAAGACGGCUAUGUUCUUCGUCGGGAUCUCCAUGUUGCUGGUGGUGGGCAGCAUCGUCUGCUUCAGCCUCUUCUUUUUCUGCAACGCUGGCAGUGUCUACAAGAUCUGCGCCUGGAUGCAGCUGGCCUCUUGUGAGCUUCAGGGUGACACAAGUUUGUUGCUGUGCAAGUGAUUAUUAUUAUGUGAGACAACAGACAAUUGAAUUUCCCUUCGGGGAUUAAUAAAGUUCUUAUCUUAUUUUAUCUUAAUCCUACAGUUUUACGUAUUUUACGAAUCUUUAACAUAUACUCCAUAAAGCAAUUUCAAAAUAGACUACCUACAAAACAGAUUAAUAUGAACUAAAUUUUCCCAAGUUAAAGGUAGAUGUCAGGAUAUGCUAUAUCUUAUUAUCAUGUAUGUAUACCCAUCAUAUAUAACUUAAUGUAGGGGCAAUCAUACACCACACCUAACCUUUAUCACAAUGCCAAAUCCUGCCUCUAACAAAUGUAAGUUUUGAAAUGGUAAAACCAGUCAGAUCAGCUUUUAAUCCUAUGUGGAAAUCUGUUAGUAAAACAAUCAAGUUUCCUUAUUAAAAAAAAAAGUCAUCUGAGAUGGAUGCAAUGCCCUGCAAUGACUGUAUGUGUGUAAUACAAAAUGACACCUACUAUUAAUUUAAGCACACACACUGGCUGAAGGUGUUAGGGGCAUGAGGAAUGAGGGGAGAAAGUGUAACGGCACACCGUCAUCCUUUCACUGGCAGCUACAUCUGUUCUGAAGCAGCUUCAGGUUUCAAAACAGAUUCAGGUUUCAUUUGUGUGUGAAAGGAAAGUGAUAUGCUGGUAUGAAAACACUGGCACUGAAAGUCAUCCUUGAACUUGGGCCCAUACAGAUGUCUUUGUCCGUCUACAAAUGUUACACCAAAAUGCUCUACUUUGCCUCACAUGUUUAAUCUGUAUUUCCAAGAGUCCUGAGACCUGGUAUCAGAUGUUAAGCUUUUAAUUACCAUUGUGUCCCUUUUUACGACAACACCAAGUUUAGUACUGAGCUCAAAAGGACCCUUUAAUGUAGGUCUUUACAGCAACAAAACCCUUUUUUAAAGAGGGAAUACUCCACUUUGUUAAAAUACUCUGUCUCAGUUAAAUAAAGUUGAUGUUAGCUUUGAAGGGUUGAUAAUAUAGUCCUAUUUUUGGGCGAUGUCACAUUUAAGUGCCUGGUGUGCAAUUAAGAGAAGCUGGAGUUUAAAAAUCUCUUUGAAGAAUGAAGCAACUCGAAAGUGAGAACGAUAUAAAGGUUAGCAGGUUAUAAAGGCAUAGAAAGUGAAAGUGGGUGACUUAGCCUGUAAGCUUAUGUUUCUUCUGGUCACCUGAUAGUUCAGAGGUCUUCACAUGCUGAUGAAGCUUUCUGUCUAAAAUCAAUAAUGCAUGAAUAAGUUAAUCUUUCUGGAUGCUCUGCUGUUGCUAAGCAACCCUUGAGCGCGUGUGUGUGUGUGUGUGUGUGUACCUGAAAAGCAGAAAGGAUGUGUUAGAUUUCUCUUGUGACUUCUCCAUCUCGUUGUUUAUUGUUGCAGUUGCAAAGGCGAGGGAACUGGCCUGUGAUAUUGCACCACAAGAGCAGCAAAGCACUUUUUAAUAUUACCUCAGCUGUCAUUGUAUAAAAAGCACGUAUCUAUGAAGUUCACAGAUUGUCCAUGUUGAAAUUCUCAGUCAGCCCCUUCCCCUCUGUCAGGUACUUGCAUGGUGAUCGGCUGUAUGAUUUACCCUGACGGGUGGGACUCAGACGAGGUGAAGCGCAUGUGCGGCCAGCGGACUGACAAAUACACCCUGGGCAACUGCACAGUGCGCUGGGCCUACAUCCUGGCCAUCAUCAGCAUCAUGGACUCACUUAUCCUUUCCUUCCUGGCCUUCAGUCUGGGCAGCCGGCAAGACAAGCUGCUACCUGAGGACUUCCAGGUGGAGGGGAAAGGUAAGAGAGGGAAGGAAGGAGGGAAAAAAUGAUAGGGUGGGAUGGGAGGAGAAAAAUCUGAAAAUAAAUAAAUAAAAGGAUUAACUGGAGAAAAUAAAAAGAUUCAGUCCACCACUUUGAUCCAGACUGAACUAUCAAGACAAAUACUGAAUGAACUUUCAAGAAAUAAUUAUAUUUUACAGAUAUUCAUGGCUUCCAGGGGAGGAAUCUAUUUUGUUAUCCUUACCCCCCAGUUGUUCCACAAUUGGAUCAAUAUUUGUUAUUUAAGAUGAAAUAUGGAUAGCCAUUCAUUCUUGCUCUCAAGAUAGGCGGGUGCAUAUAUAUAUAUAAAAAAAAACACCUAACCCUAAAAAAAAUUCUAACAAAAGGUUUCUAUGCAGUUUUUUAUAGUUUUAGAUGUUCUUAAUAACAUACUAAAAGUUUACCAAAGUUUGACCACUAGAAAGGUGUCAUUUUCAAGAUGGCGUUCAUGAUGGGUAGGAAGCCCAGGGGAGACACCCCAGGUGAAUAAGGUAAAUUUUUUCUCUAAUAGAUAUCACCAUGAAACUUUCCAAGUUUAUAACUUAGAUCAAGAAAAAUAUUUUUUGUAUUACAAGUUUUGUCGAAUGUUAUGUAUGCAUAUGUAAAUGAAGCAAUAUCUAAUAAAAUAUACACCCAUUUGUUAUUGGGUUAGGGUUAAAAUCACUGUCCAGGACCUUUCAAGGAGCACGUUUCUGACCAUUUGGGGUCAAUUGAUAUAAAAAAAGUAGGAAAAAUGUCAAUUUUUUUCAAGUGUUAGGGUUACGUUGGGCUAAUGUUGUAGUAUUUUGGUUAGGGUUAAGGGUUGGGGUUAAAAUUACUGUCCAGGACCUUUUAAGAAACAUGUGUCAGACCAUUGGGAGUCAAUUGGUACAAAAAAAUAGGAAAAAUGUCAAAAUUUAUGUGAUUUUAACCCUAACCCAGUAACAAAUUAGUGCAUAUUUAAUUAGAUAUUGCCUCAUUUACAUAUUCAUACAUAACAAAACUUGUCUUGAUUGUAUGAAACUUUAAAGUAGGAUGGUUCAUGAACAAAUAGUAAUAAAUAUCAGAAGCAUGUCCAACAAAACAACUAUUUUUAUAAUAAUAAGGAUACUUGGGACCCUUUCUUAAAACUUUGAUGAGAUAGUAGAUAAGGGAGACUUAAAGGUUGUGAUGAAAUACAAAACUUCAGCAAAAACUGUUUGAAAAAUAAAUACUCAUUUGAAAGCUACUCUUGGCACCCCAUUAGGACAGAGUUUGUACAAUAAAUCCCAUUAAGAGCAUUGGUCAUUUGAAUUACAUCAUCUUAUCAAGUCUGCAUCUAGCUUAGGUUACCUUUGAAAUUACAGGAUAAGAGUAAAAUGAAUUAGCUGAUCCUAGUGAAAAAAAGGGGUUUUCCAAAUAUGGUUCAUUCCCAUUCAAGUGAAACCUUUUGAGCAGCCGGGCUAUGACAUUUCAUACAAUUACCCAUGACCUUUGCACCAAGCCAAUAAUUAGAUUUUUCCAAUACUAACAGUUGCACCAAAUGCCAAAAUAAGCAUUACCUCUAUACAACAUCAUUCUUUCACUGCGUGUAUGUUUGCAGACAACAAAGCACCACAGACUUUUGUAGAAAAGAUGCUCUUAACUAAUAAUUAUACUUGUUUAUUUUUUCCUAUUCCUACAGAUAACGCUUAGGCUCCCUGUGGAUAGGAGAGGACUGAACUGACAAGACCUCACCAGGAAUACCACUGACUUAGGUGCUUCAAAUACUUCGAGCUGGUUAAUUGCAAUCUAAAAAUAACCUUCCAAAAGAGGCUCAUUCAGUCUCUCGGAGAUUGUAAUGCUUCAGCAGACUUUAAAACACAUAGAGCUGCUUUGAACUGCCAUCUCAAACUCAAGAGUCCUUGAUUAGAUAACUGCAUCUGCAUUUUGGACCGAAAAGAGUGAAUGAACUGCCAGUGAUGACAGUUAUUAGAAAGAAUCAAUACAGAGCAGUUUGUUCCUGAUGUUUUUGAAAUAAGAUGUGUAAAUAAAGAUGUUUUUAACCAACAGUAUUUUUUGUCUUUAUAAAAAAGAAAAAAACAGGGGUUCAUUAUUAGACAUAACAAAAAUCAUUUUUAUAAGCACAGAUUCAUAUGUGUGCGGAACUGAAACAC